GUCACUGUCACACGUUUUCGCCGCAUUCUACUCAGACUGUUUACGUUUUGUAUAAUGUUAUUUGUUGUCGUUGCUUAAUGUUUUCUUUCUGUUAAUAAUCUUGUUUUAUGUAAAUAUAAUACGUUAUUGUAUAUAGUUAAAAUAGUCAUUGGGAAAUAUGGGAAAUAAAGUGAAGCCCGUCACGAGGUCUAAAAAACGUUCAUAUAAAUCAAACGCUCAACAUAUGAACGAUAUGAAGAGGAGAAAGAAAAUUGAAAAUAUUGAUACAAAAGCAAAUUCCAAUGCAUUAUGCUUUGUAUCUGCGGACUUUGAUGAUGAUGAUGGAGGUGAAGAUGCUAAUACUACCAAUAUAAAUGAAAAUGCUAAAAUUGGAAAUGGUGAAAUAAAACCUUUAGUCACUUCUAAUGUGUCAGAAUUUGAAAGCAAUGAUUAUUUUGAUGAUUCAAUAGAUAUUUCCGACUUUCCUAUAAAACAAGAACCUCCUGAUGAAUCAUUCAAUAAUACAAAUUUAGCUUGUACUAGUACUUAUUUACCAGAGCAAAUAAUCGAUGCUAACAUGCUAGAUGGAUUGAAGAAAGAAGACAAGGGUGACGAAAGUAGCAAAAGUGAUAUUUCUUCUGAUCUCGACUCUGUUUACGAUUCACCGACAGAAGCAAAGCUCCGGCGAGCAUUGAGAAGAAAAAUUCGACUACAGCAGAAGCAUGUCUUAAGAAUUAAAUCCCUUACCCGGCGAAAUGUAACACUUAUGAAACAAUUGGCAUCUUUGAAAGAAAUUAUAGCAACCCUAAAGAAGGAGAAACAGACGACGUAGUCGAGUAACUUUUUCGUCUUCCUCUUGUA